AUGGCCCCUCCUACCCCCACCUCUAACCCUUUCGCCGCCAUGAGGAACUUUGGUGGUAUGGUGUCGUCUGCUCUUUCCUUCGGCGAUAGAUCUCGCCAAGUCUCCUCCCUCGGCCUCGGCACCCUCUCUUUGGGGGAGCCGUCUGGCGAUGUCCCGCCUCCUCGCUCCGCUUCUCCUCCCGUCGGUCCUCCCGCUGGUUCUCCCUCUGCUUCUCCUCCUCCUGGUUCUCGCCCUGCUUCCCCUCCUGCCGCCAGCCCUCGCCGCAGGACGCCCGCCUUUCGUCCUGACUUCGAAGGAAAAGGGGGUGAUUAUAGUGAUGAGGAUGAUAGAAUCGUGUCGGAGGGUGAAACCGAGUUAGAGGAACACUCGGAUGAUGAUAUGGUGGCGGUUAGUGUAGAGGACAACAACGUAGAUAGUCCUGAGCCCGCUCCUGCCCCUCCCCCUGCUCAAAUUGUGGGCCAGAAACGACGCCGUUCGCUCUCCUCUUCUUCUUCUUCCUCUUCUUCUUCUUCCUCUUCUUCUUCCUCUUCCGGGGUUCUCCCCCCCCCCAACGCCAUCGCUGCUGCCGCCGCUGCUGCCGCCGCUGCUGCCGCCGCCGCUCCUGCUGCCGCCGCCGGUCCUGCUCCCGCCGCCGGUCCUGCUCCCGCCGCCCCUGUCGCUGCUCCCCCCCCUUCUCCCAGAGGGGAGCCUUCGCCCAAACGGGUGAAGAGAUCACUGCGGGAAGAAGAGUACUUGUGGGAGAAGAUGAAGUCCGAGCCUGGUCGUUGGAUCGCGGUUGGUGUUGACGAAGCGUGUGAUCGUUGCCGACGUGAGAUUAUCACGUAUAAUCGUCCAAAUUGGCCCUGCCUCAAGGCAGUCAGGCCACACAACAAGGCCCUCCGUUGUGCUUCAUGCACGUCUGGCCCCUGCUCCUUCUGUCCCGUUUCCUCUGCCCGGGACAUCCCGCCCCGUCCCUUCGACGCUUCUCCUCUCCCCCCUCCCCAGACUCCAGCGUCUGUCCCCCGUUCGCGGGUACCGUCUUCGUCUCUCCGGUCGGUUCGCCGUACUUCGCCGGACCUCCGCCCGUCGCCUCCGUCGCCGUCGCCCUUCGCUCCUGUGGCCGGCCCAUCACGUCUCCCGGCUGUUCCUCCUUCGUCUUCUCGCCGUCCUUCGGCCUCUGCUCCUUCGGCCUCCCGUCCUUCGGCGCCACGUCCGUCCUCUCCAGUGGUAGCUUCUCCUCCGGCUCACAGCACCCGAAGUCGGCGUCCUUCUGUUCCUCCGGCCUCUUCGGCGGCCCCUCCCGUCACCCCUCCCUCUGCUUCCCAGAAGACACCGAAGUCUUCUUUAAAGAAAUCAAAAGGGAAAUCUAAAGAGAAGGAGGUUGCCUUCAAUGAUGGUGAUGUGGAAAAUGAAGAUACUCAGCGUGCUGGUCCCUCUGCUCCCCGGUUGUCCCUCGUCCACCCUCGUAUCUCCCUGGACGUCCGUAUUCCUGAGGACGAAAAGGAAUUCGCCACUUAUCGUUCUCUCGUCCUCGGUCUCACUACUCAGCUUGAGGCCGCCCGAAAUGAUACAUCUCUCCUGCUUGACUUCUCUUCUCGUCAAGCUAACGCUUUAAAACAAUCUUACUGCGGCCAAGGACAAGGUCGCCGUAGUAAUUCUCGUGUCCCAGCUUCCGCCCAGACUGCUCUCGACCUCCUCAGUCUUCCCUUCGAGUGUCUACGGACCAUACGUUCUCUGUGGAGGACCCCGAGCAUGCAAGCUGCUCGAGAUGUCCAGGACUUCGGUGACUUCUUUGGGGCUAUGAAUCGGGCAUGGAAUGCUUCUCUCUCUACUGCGUUCCCGUCUGAGACUCUCGACCUACCUUCGGUCAUCGGUAGCCUCCACACCAAUCCCGCGGGACCGAGUAGAUCGAAGGAGAAAGGAAAAGGAAAAGGUAAGGGUAAGAGUAAGGACAAGUGA